AUGGCGGCAAUGGCGCUUCGCAGGCUCUCAAGCUCCAUCAACAAGCCACUUCAACCUCUUGUCAAUGGGGUCAAUGGCGGCUCCAUAUAUCACAUGUCCUCUCUGUCCAGCCAAGCAGCUCAGGAUAAAGAGAAAGCUCGUGCUACUUGGAUAAAGCAACUGAAUGAGCCGCUGGAGGUUGUCGAUCCCGAGAUUGCCAAUAUCAUAGAACUUGAAAAAUCUCGGCAAUGGAAGGGGCUUGAGCUUAUACCUUCAGAAAACUUCACAUCACUUUCUGUCAUGCAAGCUGUUGGGUCUGUCAUGACCAACAAGUACAGUGAAGGGUAUCCCGGUGCUAGAUACUAUGGAGGAAAUGAAUACAUCGACAUGGCUGAGUCCCUGUGUCAGAAACGUGCAUUAGAAGCCUUUCAGUUGGAUCCUGCAAAAUGGGGAGUAAAUGUGCAGUCACUAUCUGGAUCCCCUGCUAACUUCCAAGCUUACACUGCAUUGUUGAAACCUCAUGAAAGAAUCAUGGCACUUGAUCUACCUCAUGGUGGACAUCUUUCUCAUGGUUAUCAGAUAUCUGCCGUGUCGAUAUUCUUCGAGACAAUGCCAUACAGAUUGAAUGAGAGCACUGGCUACAUUGAUUAUGAUCAGUUGGAGAAAAGUGCCACACUUUUCAGGCCAAAACUAAUAGUUGCUGGUGCCAGUGCUUAUGCACGCUUGUACGAUUAUGAACGUAUCCGCAAGGUUUGUGAUAAGCAGAAAGCAAUUUUGUUGGCUGAUAUGGCACAUAUCAGCGGAUUGGUUGCUGCUGGUGUUAUUCCAUCUCCUUUUGAGUAUGCAGAUAUUGUUACAACCACAACUCACAAGUCACUUCGCGGUCCUCGUGGGGCUAUGAUCUUUUUCAGGAAGGGAGUAAAAAAUAUAAACAAGCAAGGGCAAGAAGUUUUGUAUGAUUAUGAAGACAAGAUCAAUCAGGCUGUCUUUCCUGGACUCCAGGGUGGUCCACACAACCACACCAUAUCUGGAUUAGCAGUUGCACUGAAGCAGGUCAAAACUCCAGAAUACAAAGCUUACCAAGAGCAAGUUCUCAGUAAUUGUUCAAAAUUCGCAGAGAGCUUGCUAGAGAAGGGUUAUGAUCUUGUUUCUGGUGGAACUGAAAACCAUUUAGUGUUGGUGAAUUUAAGAGACAAGGGCAUUGAUGGCUCAAGAGUUGAAAAAGUUUUGGAAUCGGUUCAUAUUGCAGCAAAUAAAAACACUGUUCCUGGUGAUGUGUCUGCCAUGGUACCUGGUGGCAUACGCAUGGGAACCCCAGCUCUAACAUCUAGGGGGUUUUUGGAGGAGGAUUUUGCAAAAGUAGCUGAGUAUUUUGAUGCAGCUGUGAAGUUGGCUUUGAAGAUCAAGGCUGCUGCCAAAGGUACCAAGUUGAAGGACUUUGUGGCAAUUCUGGAAUCUGAUGGUGAAAUUCAAUCUGAGAUUGCAAAGCUUCGCCAUGAGGUUGAGCAGUAUGCUAAACAAUUUCCAACUAUUGGAUUCGAGAAAGAAACAAUGAAAUACGGUGAAUGA